GGCAGAUGGAGGUGGGUCUCAGCUGGGGGCGUGCCCUGUUCAUCCGUGGCGCAAGAUGGCGCUCCCCUUUGCACGUUGGUUGUACCUGUGCCGCUGGGGAGCCAAACGAUUGGGGGUUGCCGCCACGGAAGCCCGCAGAGGCAUCAGUUUCAAAUUGGAAGAAAAGACAGCCCACAGCAGCCUGUUACUCUUCAAAGGUGACACAGGUGUCAAAUACGGCAUGGUGGGAUUGGAGCCUACAAAAUUAGCCCUUAAUGUGGAGCGCUUCCGGGAGUGGGCAGUUGUGCUGGCAGACACAGCUGUCACCAGUGGCAGGCAUUACUGGGAGGUGACAGUGAAGCGCUCUCAGCAGUUCCGGAUAGGAGUGGCAGAUGUGGACAUGUCUCGCGAUAGCUGCAUCGGUGUUGACGAUCGUUCCUGGGUGUUCACCUAUGCUCAGCGCAAGUGGCACACCAUGUUGGCCAACGAGAAAGCCCCAGUUGAGGGCAUGGGGCAGCCAGAGAAGGUGGGGCUGCUGCUGGAGUAUGAGGCCCAGAAGCUGAGCCUGGUGGAUGUGAGCCGGAUUGCUGUGGUCCACAUACUACAGACAGAUUUCCGGGGUCCAGUGGUGCCCGCCUUUGCCCUUUGGGAUGGAGAGCUGCUGACCCAUUCAGGGCUUGAGGUACCUGAAGGGCUCUAGUAUGUCCAUGACUAGAGUCCCUAAUCACUCUCUUGGCCUGCCUCCUGCUCCAAGUGUCUGAAACCUUUUAGCUGUGCCCGAAGAAACUGCUGGCUCCGAAAAUUCAGUGACGGGUCCUCUGUGCAAUAUUUGUUAUCUUCCUUUCUCCUACCUUGUGAAAGCUAGGCAUAUGGCUAUGCUCUCCCCUCCCCCAAACUACUGCCAAUUUCCUAGGCUACUAUGAAUGUACUUUCUCUGUACUUGCAUCCUUCAAUCUCUCUGUCUCCCUGUGUCCAGGCCUUUCUCAGACUAUUCAGUCCUGGGGGUCUUACCCUUCAGCUUUGUUUGAAUUCCAUCACUGUGCUACCUCUCCCUCCCUUUGCCCACAUCUAACUUGUUUGUUUUGGAGGCUCUACCUAAUCUCUCCAGAGUAAAUCCUUUCUACCUCUGGCUGGAGGAGUGGUGCUGUGAAUGACUUGGCCCUUUCUGUACAGCACAUCCAGAGUUUGGGCUCUGGCUCCCUCAGGCAGUGCUUUACUGACUGUGUCAGGAUGAGAACAGAGCCCUCCUGCUCUAAUGCUUCAGUGUUAAGACUCUCAGCCCCACACAGCUGCAGGUCUCCUCACCCUGAGUCCAUCUGCCUUAAUUGCACACCUCUGAUCUGGUCAUCUGUUGCAAUCACUGGACCAGUUACAAUCAUGACCACAAAGGGGAAGAGACACAUGGGGGAUAUUGAGGGAAUGAGUGCCAAAAACUUUAUUCUCCAGGCAGUCCAUCUUCAUUUCAGCUACAGUUUUGACUUCCAGAGCAAGGAAGGAGGCCUGAGGUCUUACACAAUUCACUUGGGGGUUUGUUCAGACCCAAGCAGUUGCUCCCACUUGGCAGCAGAAUAUACUUUAUCUAAAGCAGUAUUUACCUAGUGGGGUGAGUAUGUAUGUGAAAUAUGUAUUCUUUGGGCUCUGUCUGACCCUGUGGUUCCAUCUUACUCUACAAUACCUUUAUGAUGGUGAUGCAGCUGGGUGGCCCUAGGGGAGAAAGAGAAGGACUGGGUCUGGCAAAAAUCAUUCGUGUAAUUAAAGUUUAUUUGAGCACAAAA